GAUGACCAGUACCGGGGCUGCCGGGACAGAAUGUUUAAUGCGCUGCCGAAGCUCAACCGCUCCGAGUUUGUCCCCAACAGUGUCUACGCCAAGGUUUGGGCCAAGGCCACCACCCAAUGGCGCAGCCGCCCCUUCCCAGGGUGCUGGCUGCAGCCAGAACAGGCCAUUGCCCUCCUGGCAUACACGAUGAAGGACCUGUACGAGGAAUUCAAUGCUGCCGUGCGCGUGGCCGGGCGCUCCCGCCAGAUCUACCUGCGCACCUUCCACUUCAAGGUGCUGCAUUUCCUGCUGACCACGGCCCUGGAGGACCUGCGGGCUGCCCGGCCUCAAGACACCUGCCUGCACGUGUACCGGGGGGUCCGAGGGAUCCGCUUCACUGCCCAGCCCGGAGACAUCGUCCGCUUUGGCCAGUUCACCUCUGCAUCUCUGAAGAAACGGGUGAUCAAGAGGUUCGGCACCGACACGACAUUCGAGGUGCUCACCUGCCACGGCGCCAAAAUCCGGGACUUCUCCGAGCACCCUAAGGAGGAUGAAGUCCUCAUCCCGCCCUUCGAGUCCUUUAAUGUCACCAGUGUCACCCGCCAAGGGGCCAAAACCAACAUCAAGCUCCGCUCCCACGGCAUGAAGAGCAAAUACAACUGUGCCUUCUUCUCAGGUGACAUCCCUGGGGUGGGGACACCCGUGGAGGGCUGUGGGGACAGGGUGGGGGUGGCACCAGGGCACCGGCUCUGCUGGGACAGGGGGGUCAGUGGUGGGGCAGGGGAUGGGUGGUGGGGCUUUGGGCAUCACACAGCUCCAGCUGCUCUCCUGGGAUGGGAUGGGAUGGGAUGGGAUGGG